CCCUGAAAGACACCGGAGACCAGGACAACUAGAGCCCCAGAUACAGAUCCCCUGUAAAGACUUUGUAUCAGACGACCACCGGGACAAGAUCACAAAAAACAGAUGAUUCUUCUGCACAAUCUUACUUUGCUUCAGCCUGGAACUGAACUGCUGGUUUCGUCUAGUCAGUGGAGAACUGGCCCCCCAACUGAGCCUGGUUUCUCCCAUGGUUUUUUUUUUCCAUUCUGUCACCGAUGGAGUUUUGGUUCCUUGCCGCUGUUGCCUCUGGCUUACUUAGUUGGGGUCACUUUGGAGUAUCCCUUUCUAGAGGUAUCACAGGUGCAAAAAAACUACAACAAAAAAACAAUUGCUUUCAAGCUCCACCUCUAGUUAACCUGUUGCUAAAUAUGAGAGAGAGGUUUUUCAACAGGGAAUAUGUGAAGCUGCAAGAUCAUAGCUGCACUCCUCAGAAUGGCUACUAAAAACAUUUGGCAAAGUUUGGCUCAAGAUUGUGGUCUAUUUAAGCGUCACAUGAAAAAGACAUUUAUUCUGCUGCUUACAUUAGCAUUUUUAUUGUCUGCUGUUGCUUAUGUCUUUGAGACAACUACAUUCUCUCAAACCUGGUUGAAUAAAGUCAUGAAUCGGACUCAUUAUAAGGUAAUUAAAAGCACUUCGGCUGAUCGUAAUCAAAAGGAUUUAUUAGCACCUUUGCCCAAUCAGUAUAUCCAACCAAGAGGAACUAUCUAUCAUCAUGUGGCUCAUCCAAGCAACUAUCAUUUCAUCUUGGAUGAACCUGAUAAAUGUAAGCAGGAUCCGUUCUUGGUCUUGAUGGUCCCUGUGGCCCCCCAUCAGCUGGAGGCUCGUAACUCCAUCCGCAGCACAUGGGGGACUGAGAGCUCAGUGCAGGGAAAAGCAGUGCUGACUCUGUUCAUGGUGGGUUUGACUGGAGGAGCUGAAGCUCAACAUCAGCUGGAGGAAGAGAGUCGGCAACACAGAGAUUUACUGCAGAGCAACUUCGUGGACUCCUACUUCAAUCUGACCAUAAAGACCAUGGUGAUCAUGGACUGGCUGGCCACCCAUUGCCCUCAAGCAGCUUAUGCUAUGAAGGUUGAUUCUGAUAUGUACAUAAACCUGGAGAACCUGAUGAGCCUCUUAUUGUCACCCAACACACCCAGACAGAACUACAUCACAGGUCAUUUGAUGAGGAACGAGGUUGUUGUCCGAAACAAAAACUCCAAAUGGUAUGUGGCAGUGGAAUUGUACCCUGAACCGACAUACCCCACAUACCUACUGGGAAUGGGCUAUGUUUUCUCCAAUGACCUGCCAAAAAAAUUAGUUCAGGCUUCCAAGAAAGUAAAGCCCUUUAACAUAGAAGAUGCAUAUGUGGGCGCUUGUCUGAAACAGUUGGGCGUUGCACCCUCAUCUCCCCCAAACCCUUCACAAUUUAAACUCUUUCUGGGACAAGAUAAUCAAGAAGAUUUUCUCAGAGUUAUCACGACAAUCCUGAGUUCCCCACAGCAGCUAAUAAAGAUUUGGAAGGACUUAAAGGGGCUCACAUAAGACUAUUUAAGGCCUCAGUCAGUGAACAUUUUGUAAAUGUCUGAAAGCUGAGAUUGGGUCUAAGACAUACACAUGUGGACAUGGUGACUCUAUUUAGACGGGGCAAGGGGAUCGUCUGAGGAGCCACUCAUGCAAAAUGCACUCCUGGGGAAGAACUUCUUGAGACAUGUUUAACUUCUUUUACCAUGAAACAGGGUUUUAAAAACACAGCACUCCACCUGAGGCACAAAUAUCAAAGAAAUCAGCAAUGUUUGUUUACAAAGAAAAAUAAAAGAACAAAAAUGAACCUUUCACAGGCUCUAUUACAACUUUUAAGAUUAAAUGUAUAGUUUUCUGAAAUUAACACAAAAGUAUAGACUGUAUGUAUACAUACACAAAGAUGAAUUCCACAUAAUAAUAAUUAUAACUGAAAGGUUAAACAGUGUUUGAAAAGCAAAAGUAUUUUUCCGUAAAUCUCUUUUGGGGCAGGUUGUCAACUGGUGUUAUAUUUACCUUGUUGAUAACUGUAAACUAAUUAAUUUACCAUUUCUGUGGGCAAGAACAAAGGAUGGAUUUAUGUGCAUUGUUUUUCUUUUUUAUUGAUUUGUGAGUUAUUAUGUGUUUCAUAACUUAAUUAUUCUUUAAGUAUUGCUGAGGAAAUGUUUUCCUAGAUCAAUGCUCAAUCUUCUGUCAAAUUUUUAACUUAAAUGUGCCGUAUAUGUGUUAUUUUUUUUUUUUUUUAAUUGUAUACAUCUGUUUUUGUUUGCGAACUGUGGGUUUCAUUUUACUUUUAAGGUUCACAUUCUUAAACAGUGAUCUCAGCCUUGCAUUUAUUUUAAGUAUUUAAGUAAUAUGAAUUAGAUUGCCUUUACAAGGUACACAGCUGAUAAUAUGCGCACACGUUUCUACAUUUCUAAGCAAUGUAAUAUUAUAUGAGACAUUUCAUUUAAAUAGUAACUAAUAAUUUUGGGCAGAAAAACUUCCUGUUUGAGUGGGCAGCAGGCCAACUCUCAUCACCCUUGUUCCCUCCAAAAAAAGCUAAAGCAUUUCUCCAUUGGCUUUGGGUGGGAUUACUCCAGGAAAUAAACUCUCUGACCAACAAAAGUUUAUGAUUCUUGGAUAUUUUAUCAAUAUAAACUUCAUAACACUAUAAAUCAAUACAAGCUUUAUGCAUUUUGAAGCCUAAUAUAUAAUCACUCUUCAUCCAUCGUAUGAACAUCCAUCUGUCCAUCUUGUGAACAGCUGAUAAUAACGGCGUACACACUACACUUUAUAUUUAUAUACACA